AUGCAGAAGGGCCAGUCGAGAGAAGCACGUGAUCGGUUUGCUGAAACCAUCUACGACUUUAUCCGCGGCGUCAAGACAUCUCAGGCUACAUGGGCGCAAGGGAUGUCUACUCUCGAGGAAUAUACAGCACGCCGUUUGAGAACUGUUGGUACAAACCCGUGCAUUGCUGUCAUGCAAUGGGCCUACAACCUCACUCUUCCACCGUCGAUCUGGAAACACGAAGCUGUAGUAGCCAUAACGCGCGAAGUAGCCAUCUCCGACUUCCUCUGGAACGACAUCGUGAGCUUGCGGAAGGAGAUAGACGACGGCGAUAUCGAUUCUGCCAUCCCGGUGAUGGUAUGGAACGAGGGAUGUAGUGCGCAGGUUGCCGUCGAUCGAUGUGUGAAGAUGGUGGAGGAGAGCUGGGCGAGGCUGUUGGAGGCAGAGACCCGACUUGUGAAGGCGCAUGCUCAAGAGUCUGAGCAAACCAGGCGCGAUAUCGAGACGUUGGUUGGCGGGUGUAAGGACGUGUUGGUUGGACAUAUGGUUUACUCGCUCAAGAUUCCGCGCAACAUGGCCGCAGCAAAGAUGAACGAGAAGGAUUGCAGUUUCUGCAUUAUCCUAUAG